AUGUCUCUCUCUAAUAAGCUCUCCAUCGCUGACGUUGACGUCAAGGGGAAGCGGGUCCUCAUCAGGGUCGACUUCAACGUCCCUCUCGAUGAGAACAAGAACAUCACCAACAACCAGCGCAUCGUCGGCGCCAUCCCCACCAUCAAGUACGCCCUCGACCAUGGCGCCAAGGCCGUCAUCCUGAUGUCCCAUCUCGGCCGCCCCAACGGCACCCCCAACCCCAAGUUCAGCCUCCAGCCCGUCGUCCCCGAGCUCGAGAGACUGCUCGGCAAGUCCGUGCAGUUCGCCCCCGACUCUGUCGGUCCCGAGGUCGAGAAGCUCGUCAACGAGGCUCAGGACGGUGCCGUCAUCUUGCUCGAGAACUUGCGCUUCCAUGCCGAGGAGGAGGGUUCCUUUAAGGAUAAGGAUGGGAACAAGGUUAAGGCUGAUAAGGCCAAGGUUGAGGAGUUCCGAAAGGGUCUUACUGCCCUCGGCGAUAUCUACGUCAACGACGCCUUCGGCACUGCCCACCGUGCCCACUCUUCCAUGGUCGGCGUCGACCUCCCCCAAAAGGCCGCUGGUUUCCUUGUAAAGAAGGAGCUCGACUACUUCGCGCAAGCCCUCGAGAACCCCAAGCGCCCCUUCCUCGCCAUCCUCGGCGGCGCCAAGGUCUCCGACAAGAUCCAGCUGAUCGACAACCUCCUCGACAAGGUCAACACCCUCAUCAUCUGCGGCGGCAUGGCCUUCACCUUCAAGAAGGCCCUCAACAACAUGGCCAUCGGCAACUCCCUCUACGACGCUGCCGGCGCCGAGACCGUUCCCAAGCUUGUCGAGAAGGCCAAGGCUAACAACGUCAAGCUCGUCCUCCCUGUCGACUACAUCACCGCCGACAAGUUCUCCAAGGAUGCUAAUGUCGGCAAGGCCUCUGACGAGACCGGCAUCCCCGACGGCUGGAUGGGCCUCGACGCCGGCGAGGAGAGCAUCAAGCUCUUCAAGCAGGCUAUCGAUGAGUCUAACACUAUCCUCUGGAACGGCCCUACUGGUGUCUUCGAGUUUGAUAAGUUCGCUCACGGCACCAAGGCUACUUUGGACGCCGCCGUCGCCGGCGCCCAGGCUGGCAAGAUUGUCAUCAUUGGCGGUGGUGAUACCGCCACCGUUGCGGCCAAGUAUGGUGUUGAGGACAAGCUUAGCCACGUUUCCACCGGUGGUGGUGCCAGCUUGGAGCUUCUGGAGGGCAAGGAACUUCCUGGCAUCGUUGCUCUGUCGAGUAAGUAA